CUGCUGCCAGUGGCUUGCUGACCACCGUCAACCAAGCCAUACCAAGGCAGCCUAGCGCCUAUAAGACGUUGUUAGAGGUCGCUACUUGGAGGCUGAGUACUGAUGUGAUACCACUGAGUUCACUGUCAUCUCAGACACUAUCUUGGCCCUCAAAAGUGCGCAGCCUGAGCAACGACCACACCGGAGGCGCAGCAUUUUUGUGUCGACAUCAAUGUAUUCCAUCUAUCUUGCUCCGUUCUCUCGGACCUAGAUUCGCAAAUACUCACCAAGUUGCAAACAUGUGGGAACCGUUCGGUACCCAACCUGCAAACGCCACUGCAUAUUGGAAACCAGCCCCUAGCGAACGAGGAACUUUCGGCAUCCUGUCGACAUGCAUUCUUACAUUGCUUCUAUGCGUUUAUACCUCUUUACACUUGAACAUACCUGUGCAUAAGGUCACACAUUGGUCUCAAAAACCAUGGGUCUUGAAGACUUUUGGAGUCCUUGUUGGGCUAUGCGCUCCCGAACUAGUGGCAUUUCUUGCUUUCCGGCAGUGGAAUCAGGCUAGGAAUCUGAAGGAUUUUAUGAGUGGCCCCAUAGCAAAGCUCAUCCCACCGACAAUCGCGACACCUAGACGUCACAUGUGGUCGAGAUAUAACGCUCCGGCAGAUGUUGAACAGGCCACUGAACUUACGACUAUUGACGACAAAUCUGAUACAAUAGAAGCUGGCCGGAAAAAGAACACAUGGACUCGCACGCACAGCCACUUCGCACUCAUGGGAGGAUUUGCGUUCGAAGCAGAUGACUCAUUCGUCAAUUUAUUUCCAGACUCAAACACCCGCAUGACGCUGUUACCACGCGCUCUACGGAAGAUGGCCGAUGUGGAGCCGAUGUCCAUCCCCGACUUAUCAAAAAGUGCCAUAGAAGAUAAGAGCAAGGCUAAUUGGCUGGCAAAGGCCCUGGUCUGCUCACAGGCAUGCUGGUUCAUUGUUCAAAUCACUGGACGUGCUUCCACUUCCGCUCCGAUAAGCUUACUGGAGAUGAACACUUUUCUCCAUGCCCUAUGCUGUCUGAUCAUUUACCUCGCCUGGUGGUACAAGCCUCUGGACAUUUUGGAACCUGAACUCAUCAGGAUGAACACAGAACCAACUCGCAAGAUGUGUGCUUGGAUGAUAAUGAACAGCAGGCUGGGAGCUCACAGGCUACUCAAGAAUGAAUCGACGAUCGCGAAUAGAGGAGGACUUUUGGUACACACGAAAGAUCUCUACAACAAAGAUGGUGUUAAGCCAGCUUGUGCAUACUUUGCACAUUACAGAUUCCCCAAACCCGAAGACGUUUCCAACGACCUACUUCAAAGAACAGUAGAAGCCGACGAUGGACCUGCAGCUUCACUCAAGCUCUAUAUCGGUCAGUCCAUUCACGGACAUUACCUUGUUCUAGCAGAAAAUUAUUACUCUAUUCUUGGAGAGUAUCAUUUGUACGAUCGAGAGAAGAAUCAGGAUGGUCUCAACGAUUUGUAUCUUGCACUAGAUCCGGUAACACUGGAAUGUCUUCGUCUGGUAGAUGUGUUGCGCACUGAAUCUGGCGCCAACGACAUCUGGAAAACCAAUUGGGACCAUGAUAACCCGGAUACCGCCACCUUGCUGGUACCCUACAUAUCCAAUUUCGAUACAAGGAGUGUUGAACUUAGUGGCUUCCGGGGGUCCAAUAUAUUCACAAAGAAAGUAGAAGUGUAUUACUUCUUCCCGAUAAUGCUACUAGUCGCUGGUAGUGUCUAUGGUCUCGUACACCUAAUAGCAUGGAACGGGCCGUUCACCACACCCAUUCAGCGCUGGAUGUGGAGAGUAUCCUGCCUUAUUAUAGCGAGUCCAACCGUAAUAGUCGCUUUCGGUUUUCUUGCCCUAAAACUUUUCGACGCUGUCGAGUACGAGAAUUGGGCCUACGUCGUUUUCGCGCCUCUGUGGCUCUUGGGGAAGGCUUUUAAAGCCAUAUUUCCAGAGGAUUCGACGCAAUGGAACAUUGCUAUUUUCGUUCUGUUGGGUGUCUUAGGUCUGACCUAUCUGGCUGCACGAGUAUAUCUUCUCGUGGAGUGUUUCAUUAACAUCUCGCAACUGCCACCGGAAGUGUAUCAGGUUCCGCAAUGGAGCCAGUACAUACCUCACCUGGGAGCUGGCUGAACAAUUGCUGAAGAUACCAUCUGCGACUUCAUUCUCCUAAUGUACCUGAUACAUAGAAUCCCCU